UUUCCAGCUGGUUGUCAUUUCACUCGGCUCGGUCCUGAGGAGAGGGACUCAGCCGCGGCUGCAGGACCCGGGCACCGGGAGGCGGUGGCGGCGGCGGCGGCAGCGGCGACAGCAGAGGAGGACGAAGAGGAAGAAGGAGAGAAGAAGAAGAGCCGGGCGGAGUCCGCCGCCACGACCGCGGGGACUGCGGGACCGGGCUAAAGCGGCGGCGGCGGCGGCGGCGGCAGCGGCCCAGCAACCGUGAGGAGAGACAAAAGCCUUCUAAAUCAUAGUUUUUAAAAAAUCUGGGGGAAAAAAGAGAGAGCGCGCACAGGGGGUAGGCUCUUCUCCUUUAGAGUAAGUACACGAGUGGGCUUUUCCUUGUUUUCCUCUUUUCCCCCCUGCGGAGAAUCGAACUGAGAGGACUGAACGAUCCGCCCCUGGGUCCCAUGAGGGGAAAAAACCCCGGAGCCGCAGACAGGGGAAGAGGCCGAACCCGCAGGACCGUCCAGGUCGCCGCCGAGGUCCCCGCACCCCCGGGCCGCCCGCUCGCCCCGGGCGAGUCUCGCUAAUCCCUGCCGAUCGCGACCCCCAAGAGGGAGACACGGGUGUUUCCCACCCAUUUCAUGGGGGAGAGGAAGCAGGGGGGAGUCCAGGCACAGCGACCGCAGCAAGAUCUGCGCCCGGAGCCCCGGAGGCCCGAACUGCGCCCCGAGAAAGAGCAGACAGAGGACCAGAAACGGCAGAAACCUCCCCGCAGUCAUCUUUCCAGUAGUCCGUGCUGAUUGCCCCUCCCGCCCCAGAGAGCCUAAUAUAAUCUAUAUAUAAAAAUAUAUAAUAUAUAAUGUUCUUAAAUUAUUCCUGAUUUUUUUUAACCGAGCUGCCAAGAAAAGAACAUAGUCUCCCCUUUAGCCCUAUUCUGAUUUUUAUGCGAGUGAAUCUAAACUGCUGAGGAAGACCGUAUGUGAUUGUUAAAUUAUAUUUAUAUAUUUUUACUCCGCGCAAUGCUUAUUCUUCUACAUCCAUAGAUGCUUGAGAAGCUGUGUUUUUGUCAUUCAUGUACAUUUUCCUUUGGAAAAAGAAAGCGCCUAUUUUACUAACCAAAGACUUGAUUUUUGCCCUCUUCGUUUUUAUUCCCUCCUAGAAAUAAGCCCAGUUGGAUUCAUGUCAGUGUUUUAAGAGAUUUUUUUUUUUUUUAGUUUUUUUUUUUUUCUUUCAGAGACCAGAAUUCCAAAUCAAGACUAUUUAAGGUGAUAAGCUGCGAUCUUCGAGCUAGCUAUAAAUACAACAUUUCAAACAGACAACUUAAAUUUGGGGUAGAGGAUACAAAGGCGUGAGACAUUAGAUUGUCCUUUUUUAUUGUAAGAUUGUGAUCCUAAAAAUAAUAAAUGGGGGAUUACGGGUUUGGAGUGCUAGUGCAAAGCAAUACUGGGAAUAAAUCUGCUUUUCCAGUCAGAUUCCAUCCGCAUCUGCAGCCUCCACACCAUCACCAAAAUGCCACCCCCAGUCCUGCUGCUUUUAUAAAUAAUAACACAGCUGCCAAUGGCAGCAGUGCCGGGUCGGCUUGGCUCUUUCCUGCUCCGGCCACCCAUAACAUUCAGGAUGAGAUCUUGGGGUCCGAAAAGGCAAAAAGUCAGCAGCAGGAGCAGCAAGACCCUUUAGAAAAGCAGCAGCUCUCCCCCAGUCCAGGUCAGGAAGCUGGAAUACUGCCUGAAACGGAGAAGGCGAAAUCGGAAGAAAAUCAAGGGGACAAUUCUUCAGAAAAUGGCAAUGGGAAGGAGAAAAUACGAAUCGAAUCACCAGUGUUGACAGGGUUUGAUUAUCAAGAAGCCGCGGGGCUAGGUACUUCGACCCAACCCUUGACGUCCAGUGCAUCGUCUCUUACUGGUUUCAGUAACUGGUCAGCAGCAAUAGCGCCUUCUUCCUCUACAAUCAUCAAUGAAGAUGCGAGUUUCUUUCACCAGGGAGGGGUCCCGGCUGCUUCGGCUAAUAACGGUGCUCUGUUGUUUCAAAAUUUUCCCCAUCAUGUCAGCCCUGGCUUCGGAGGCAGCUUCUCCCCUCAGAUCGGGCCUCUUUCCCAGCACCACCCUCAUCACCCUCAUUUCCAGCAUCAUCACAGCCAGCAUCAGCAGCAAAGGAGGUCUCCUGCCAGUCCCCAUCCCCCACCUUUCACACAUAGAAAUGCUGCUUUUAACCAGCUGCCUCAUUUGGCGAAUAAUCUUAACAAACCCCCCUCUCCAUGGAGCAGCUACCAGAGUCCCUCUCCUACACCAUCUUCUUCCUGGAGCCCGGGAGGAGGCGGAUAUGGUGGCUGGGGAGGUUCCCAAGGCAGAGAUCACCGCAGAGGGCUGAAUGGAGGCAUAACGCCCCUGAACUCCAUCUCGCCUUUGAAGAAAAAUUUUGCAAGCAAUCAUAUUCAGCUCCAGAAGUAUGCUCGCCCCAGCUCUGCCUUUGCUCCUAAAUCCUGGAUGGAAGAUAGUUUGAACAGGGCUGACAACAUUUUUCCUUUUCCGGAUCGUCCCAGGACAUUUGACAUGCACUCACUGGAGAGUUCACUCAUUGACAUAAUGAGAGCUGAAAAUGAUUCGAUUAAAGGUCAGUCUUCACUGUUUCCAAUGGAAGAUGGAUUCUUGGAUGAUGGCCGUGGGGAUCAACCUCUUCAUAGUGGCCUGGGUUCGCCUCACUGCUUCACUCACCAGAAUGGAGAAAGAGUGGAACGAUAUUCUCGCAAGGUGUUUGUGGGCGGAUUACCUCCUGACAUCGAUGAAGAUGAGAUCACGGCUAGUUUUCGUCGCUUUGGCCCUCUGAUUGUGGAUUGGCCUCAUAAAGCGGAGAGCAAAUCCUAUUUUCCUCCUAAAGGCUAUGCAUUCCUGCUAUUCCAAGACGAAAGCUCUGUUCAGGCUCUCAUUGAUGCGUGUAUUGAAGAAGAUGGAAAACUCUAUCUGUGUGUAUCAAGUCCCACUAUCAAAGAUAAGCCAGUACAGAUUCGGCCUUGGAAUCUCAGUGACAGUGAUUUUGUGAUGGAUGGUUCACAGCCUCUUGACCCACGAAAAACUAUAUUUGUUGGUGGUGUUCCUCGACCAUUACGAGCUGUGGAGCUUGCGAUGAUAAUGGAUCGGCUGUAUGGAGGGGUGUGCUAUGCUGGGAUUGAUACCGACCCUGAGCUGAAAUACCCAAAAGGAGCUGGGCGAGUCGCAUUCUCUAAUCAACAGAGUUACAUAGCUGCUAUCAGUGCCCGCUUUGUUCAGCUGCAGCAUGGAGAGAUAGAUAAACGGGUGGAAGUUAAGCCAUAUGUCCUGGAUGAUCAGCUGUGUGAUGAAUGUCAGGGGGCCCGUUGUGGAGGAAAAUUUGCUCCAUUUUUCUGUGCUAAUGUUACCUGUCUGCAGUAUUACUGUGAAUAUUGCUGGGCUGCUAUUCAUUCUCGUGCUGGCAGGGAAUUCCACAAGCCCCUGGUGAAGGAAGGCGGUGACCGUCCUCGACAUAUUUCAUUCCGCUGGAACUAAAGGAUAACUACAGUGCUCAUUUUCAGGCCUCAGAAUAAGUGCACUCUUCUGUUAAUUCUGACCCCUUCCUCAACCUCUUCACGCUGGCAUGUCCUUUUGUAGCAGUCUGUUAACUUAACAAUAGUAUAAUGAAAAGAAUGACCUAUAAUAUAGGUGUUUUGUAGAUUCUUGUGUCACUGAAAACAAUAUGUAUGAACUCCUUUUUCAUAUUGCCAUCAUGUUGCAUGGAAGUUUUAUUCUCUUGUUUUGCUGGAGACCAAGAGGAUCCAAACUUCCUGCAACAUUUUCUUAGAGGAGAGAGAGAAAUAUUAAAAGAGAAGUGAAACAAUAGAGUAUUUUGGGUUUUUAAUUAAAUUAUUGUUAAUGAUAUAACAUAUAAGACUACUUUUAUUCAAAUAACCAUGCGACAAUAACACUAUCAGUCUAUCCUGACACAGUUUCUCCCCCAGGGAAGUGCUUUGGCCUUUUCCUUUUUUUUCUUUCAUCUUUUUUGCCUCUCUCUUUUUUUCAUCCCCUUUUUAUUCUUUCAACAGCAGUGGAGGAAGUUAACAAUUAUUAACGAGAAAGAGCAUGUUAAAGCAAACACAAAUGCAUGAGCAAGAUUGAAGCAGCAUUAUAACUAAUCUUAAGGGUUUAGAGGCUGAAUAUCAUUUCAUAUGCCUCCGAGUUACUACCACAUCAGAAAAAGAAUAGUAAAAUAGGCAGAGCUAGGUUUAUUUUCUUUUAAACACUUUUUAAAAUUUAGAAUGUAAAAAUUGGGUAAAUUUAGUACUGAGGGGAGUGCACUUAUUUAUUUUUAAACUUACUUAUCUGGUCACAGCCCCAGGAAACCUACCAAAGCUAGAAUUAAUGACAACUGGUGGGAAAACUAGCAUUUCCUCUCCUGAAGAACAAAGGUAUAAAUUUUAUUUUUGAUGUUAUAUAUAAACUCUAUAUCCUAAUUUACUAACACUCAUUAGGUGUCAGCCUUUGCUCUCCAUUUUGACGUUAAAAAAAACAAACCAGAUCUAGAGAUACCUCAAGGAUAUCAUUUUUGAUUUUGUGUUAUAGUACACUUGUAGCCAAAACUGGAAGACAAAACCAACAUACAAAUUGGCUGCUAAUUGGCUUACUUUUAGAUUUAAAGUUACUUUGGGUAUCCUGUAAUUUAGUUGUAACAUAGAAAAUGAAAAAAAAAGUUAAGUAGUUGCAAAGUGUUUUGCACUGUUGAACUAAGUAACUGUGUAAAUCUGUGCAAAGGUGCGUAUGUUUAUCUUACUCUUCCUAUAAAAUAAAAUAACAUUACAGUUUCACAACUUAGCAUGGGACAUAGUCAGUGUUUGAAGUGCCAACUUCAUCAAGUAAUGCAUGCUUUAUUAUAAAUAAAAUUCUAGCUUUGAAAGGCGUUAUUAUGUGUUGAACAGUAUGCUUCAGGGGUAAAUUUAAAAUAGUCUCUUGAAGCCCUGGUAAUGGAAGUAACUUUUAUUUUAAUUGACAUUCUCUUAUUAAAUGCCCUAUCCACCAUUAAAAGGAUUAUUAUCAGUCUGCAAAACUAAAGAAAAAAUCUAAUGGCAAUCUUGCUAGUUGUGCUACCUAAUAGUACCAUCUUGGAUCCUUCAAAACCAAAGACUUGCCCCAGCACUAGGGUGGAACCACCUGGCUCAUGACCCCUACUGACUAUCUUUAGGAAAAGCAGUCCUUUAUUUUUAAUACAGGCUUUAACGAACUAUAUACCUGUUAAGUUCCAAAGGUCAAAAUGGAGGCAUUUGCUGUCGAAUAGUCAAACAUAGAAAGGGAGCUGCUUUUGAGGAAUUCCCUGCAAGUAUUGAAAGCAGUCGUGUGAUUGGAGGGUGCUCUUGUGUAGCUGGUCAGGGACUUUUUUUUCUUUUCUCCUGAACUACAUAAUUCUAAUUGGAAUAUUCAUUUGCCUCUUUUUAUUCUUUUCAGUGCUUGUAGGUGGCUUGGGGUGUGCUAUUGUGCUGUUCCUACUCAGUAAACAGGUGUGAUGAGUUAACAAGAAAUAACACUGUUUGAGAACUAGCUUUGAAGAAUAAUUUUUCCCUUUGUACAUGACCUGCUGAAUUUCGGUACAGUGUUUUUGUAGCUAACUUAUUUUGUCAUGCACAUAAUGUAUAUUUGUUAUGCACUACUUUUGUAUAUCUUGUUUUUCCAACAGUGAACAUUUUUAGGCACACUUUUCACUGACGGGAUAUCUCUUUAUGCAAUACCUCAAUUUUUCAUAUUGCAAAGAGUAGCUUUUUGUACUUUUAUUACUGAGAGAUCUUCAUAUACUUCAUUUUUUAAUAUAAAUAAUUUUAAUAAAUUUUAUUUUCUUAUAUUCUGCUUUUUAUACAUUUCAGUGCUCUGCAUACAUUUUAAAUUAUGAAUGUUGUGCACUGGCAAUGCUAUUUUAGAGUCUGCAGAGAAGAGAAAGCAUGUUGCUUAAACAUCCUUCCCCAGCACCAGCUAUUGGUGUACCUAUAAUUUAAGAAAUAGUCUAUGUAAAGUCACAAGUAAUGAAAAAAAUUCGCAUGAAAAUGACAGAUAACACUGUAGUUCCUAAAAAAAAAAAAAAAAAACUAACUGCAUAAGCAUAGGGUAGAAAUUUAAAAUAACAAAAUUGUCUACAGCUUCUUACUCAGUUUUUAAAAUUAUUCAUAACGCAGACAUUUUUGGUGAAUGUUUAGCCAUUUUUAAUAUUAAUAAAUUGAUGUUAAGUGUGUGAUUCAGAGAUGUCUGCUCUUUUAAAUUAUACAUAAAGAAAAAAAAAUAGCCUGCCAUGGGACAGGUGUGUAAUGUUAGUAUGCAUGACUAAUGUAAGAAAUUGUUAUUCUACUAAUAUUUACUUGUGAUUGUGUGACAAGCGUGUUUACAGAUUAUUUGGUUACACUUCAAUUUACAGGGCAUAAACAAUUAUUAUCUAGUACUCUGAACUUUAUUGAUUACAUGUCCUUCAGAUUACAUGGGAUUGUAGUUGGGAGUUACCAUGUAACUCAAAACAUAAUUAACAUGUAACUAGUUUACAGAUUUUAGGGUAUCACUUCAAUUUACCAAGCAUGUAGUUCUAGCGCACUAGCAUGGCAUCAGCCAUGUACUUACAAUGUAGUUACAGAGUAAUUACAUGGUUAUUUUUGCAAUGUAAAAUAAAGUGUUUCUGAUUAUUUUCUAUGUAAAGGAACCCUUUUCCUUCCCCCUCGGGUCCCCCCGCUUUGGUAUAAUAUAUAUACUUCUCCAUACACAGACCUCUGCAGAAUGCAAAAUAAAACUUGCAGUGAAUGAAUUUAGCAUUUUAUGAGAGUGCUGUUGGAAAGACUUGAUAAUGCACCCCUUUUGUUUUGAAGAGUUGAAUCUUCUGUUAAAAGGUGAUUUAAAACUUGAAUGUGAUGAAUUGUGGCAAGUUAACUUCAAGUUAUGUGCAAUACUUAUUUCAAACUUUUGAAAGAUCUUUGCAGUGUAAUUCUUUGUUUUUAAUUGCAGACAUUUAAAAAUGUCAUUUUCUACUGUUAAGAGUAAUCCUCUUUCUUGCUGGUGUUUCUAAAGAAAAGAAUCAGAAAUCAAUCUUUCUACUAAUGUAAAUUUGAGAUUAUUUUUAAAAAUGGAAUAAAAGAGGUUUUGGUCAUUUGCUUUAUUUUAUUAUCUUAUUUUAAAGCUACUGUGAUUGAUAGCAUUGUAAGAAUUGGGACAAUAUUGUAUUCAACUGUUUUAUUUUUUAUAUUUUUAAAAUUUAAAGUAUAAUUAGUUUUUAUAAUUUUCAUCAGAUUUUUGUUAUAUUUUUUGGAAGUGAAACUUUUAGCAAGUGGGUGUCUAGUUUUUACUAAUCCCUAAUGUGUUUUUUUUUUCCAGUGUAUUGCUCAUAUUAUCAGAAGGAAAAGUUAUUUAAGUAUGUCAGUUAAUUGUACUACUUGGCUGAAUUUCCAUAUAGUUUUUACUGUGUAUGGGGAGGUUGUAGUAUUUAUUAUAGCAUUUUAAAUAAGGGUAAUUCAUUUUUUAUUAAAGUCAUUUUCACGUUAAGUUCCUAUUUUUGUAUGUUCUACUCUUAAGUUAUAUAACACAGUUCCUUUUUUAAAAGAGUUCAUUUGUUGAAGUGCUAGUGGAAAAUUAAUGUUAUUAAAUAGUUUGCAAAUGACUAUUUAUACCAGUAUGCAUAUAAUUUUUAAAUAUUUGUAAUGUGAGAUGUUGAAUGAAUAAAACUUUUAACUCA